GUACGGUGUAGAUGUACUUCUGACUGUCCAUUACAAUAUAAUUUAUUUGAUAAUCAGGCCAUCCUCCCUGCCUCCCCACACUUUCUAUCCAAAUUCAAAUCCACGCCUACACACGCCUACACACAACUACACAAUAGUCUCACAAUAUUUCCCCUUCCACUUGCAGCACUGAUCUGCACAGUCCGACCACCUUCACAAUAAACAUCAACCACUUUCCCGUCGACAACUCGACCUUUUGCUUCCCGAUCCUUCUCAACUUCACUCCUCUGGCAUGUUCUGGUAGGACUGGUCAUGUCAAGGCCUUGCUCUCCAUCACCUCAUUUUCGUCAUACUGGACCUCUCAACUCUCACAAACCCCUCGAGUUCACUUCUCAGCCUCAACCUUUAGCACAAAUGGCACCCGUCGUUGCCGCCAGAUUACUCUAUGUUUCCAACUGGAAACUCAACUCAGAAUCAGCCAAGAAUGAACCGCGAUUAGGCAGACUUCUCGGCCACAUUGCCAUUUUUGAAAGCAGUCGCUCUUGCAUGGAGUCAAGUUCGGCCGAUCCGGAAUCAGAACUCAACGAACUGUCCUCAUAUCUGCAGGACCAUGUCCCUUCGUUCAGACAAUUCCAAGCCGCCAUCCAAGAACAAAUCUCCGCUAUGACAGACCUCGCAUCUCCUCCUCCCUACUCCAUCGUCGAUGAAUUCCAGAGCGAUGAGGAUGACAGUGAAGACGACGAUAGCAGCGAUGGCGAGUUGUGUCAUGAAGGUGAUUGGAGCGACGAUGACACUGCUGCCGAAAGCGAUGGCUCCCUGACAGACGCUGAAUGCUCUGAAGACCAAUCAGCAGAACCUUCGAGUCCCUUGUCUUCGUGUUCAGAGGAUGACGAUGCCGGCCUUUGGGCUGUCCGCCCACUCGCCACCCUUCUCAGUCGGGCAACUCUUAAGUGCUCAUAGCCAGGCGUGGUCAUAAGAGUCAAAAGUAUUUACGAGUAGGGCCGGAACCAAUGGGCAGUCUUGGCCACGUUUCAGCUUCGUAUUGCUUUCAGCCAAGCCACCGUCUCACUACUACGAGUACUCGUUACUAUCAAUGUGGGGUGUCUACGAUACGCUAUGCGUAGGAAAUUUGGACACACAAAACCUCACCACGCCAUGGAAUGGUUUGAAACUGAAGUUAUAAAAGCGUGGAGUUGGUGGAGGAAAGGUCACGUGGAGUCACGUGCAUGUGCAUCACCACGUUGGGAAUCUUAAGAGAUUUUUAUAAUACCCCAGGGGGCGUUUUGUGUAUAACAUGUAUAUAUAUCCCAAAGUGGGUUGUAUGUUAAUUGAAUUGUUGGAUCAAA